ACAAAAAAUAUUGUGUUUACAAAUGGCAGCCUCCAUUGAAAUAAAAAAAUAUGUCUGAACAUGAAAGUUCGGCUGACAUGGCGCGAACUUUAUUUAAAUAACUAUUAUUUAGUGCCUUCAUGUCAUUAAUUAUAAUGAUGAACAAUCUUUGCUACAGUGGAUAUGCGUAAAUUAUAUGUUAUGUCCGUCUUAAGAGACAUCAACCGUUGUUGCCUAGAUUGAAAAAGAAUUCCAGAGAAAAUUUAACUUUUGGCACUACCACUUACCAUGUUUACAUGUAACUCCAUAUUAAGCGAAACGUGAAUUACAUAAGUCACAAGCAUGCCCAGAAAGAAGAAAAAGUCCAUACUGGAGAAGAAACCCUCGCUAUUGUUCCUUGAAUCUCCACUGCAUAUCCAGCAUAAUGUGCCAACGCCUGUGUUGUGUGCCAGGCACCCUCCUACUGCUGACACUGUGCCAGUCGAGAACUUACAACAUCUUACCUGGGUCUCCCCUCAGUUUCGAUACUCUGCUGCUAGUACAAGUGAUUGUGGGAAACGUCAUACAAGACGCCGCCGUCACAGCAUAGCUUCCCAUAAAGUUCCACUGGUAUCAGACCUUCAACCAUGUAACAAGGAAAACAGAUUACAUAAUCAGACGGUGAAUAGACUAAGGAAGUACCGGUCACUGAAAUUUCUCGGAGACAGGACAGCUGUGCAGAGUGUGAUAGAAGAUGUUGAAGUGACAAUAAAUGAUCAUUAUAGCACUGCUUCAGAAAGUGAAGCUCCACAAUCAGGUGCAGAUGACAUAACAAACGACAGCCCAGAAAUAAACUGGGAUGCUUUUAAGAGGAGAAUAACUAGAUGUAGGACCAGAAGUGCCGAAUAUAACAAGCACUCAACAGCAUCUCUUGAACCCAAAUUAAAAAGGAAGAAGAAUGGAAUGGCUGUAAGUGAUCAGGAGCAAUUACAGUCUGGCGCUCCAGUAAAAAGAUUAUUCAGUGAUAACAUUCCGUUUUCCUCUUCUAUUUGCAUACCAAAAAUUGUGGCAAAAGCAAAUAUCAUGGAAACAGAACACACUGGACGUACUGAUGAUGCAAGACACCCUGUUUUGGACUCAGAUACCCAUGUAUCGGAAACCAGUGAAGAAGAGACAAAAUCUCCACACAUUCGUAGAUCUGACAGGUUACUGUUUUUGCAAUCUCAAAAAUUGCCAACUAAAGUACAAACAAUACUGGCACCUGAUACCCCUGAGUCUGAGUAUGGCUGGUCCAUACGGCAAAGACAGCUUAUUAAGUAUGUGAAAAAUAAAUCUUGAACUGAAUAUUAUUAUUUCAAGAAAUCUGUUCAACUAUGAAUCAAAAUGUUGUUUGUAGCUUAUGUACUAUAUGUACAUAUUAUGACAACCUCAGGGAUUUUAAUAAUUUGCUUGGAAUGAAAUAAGUCAUGAAUAGUGUAAUAGAAUUUUCAAAGUGAAUCACAGGUUUUAUAGCUGUACCUUUUUAAUUCAUCUUCUCGAUGUUAUAUACUGUAACAGUUUUGUAUACAUUAAUGGUGCUUUCUAACAUUAAAUUAUUGUUCUAUU